GUGCGCGCCCACGGGCAUGGCGCACGCGACACGAGUUGCAUAAGGCCCUGGAAGCCUGGGAGCCGAAGCUGGAGAAGGGCUUCUCCACGGCUCCAGCUCGCCGUGUUUGUUGGCAGAGGGUGCUAGGCUCGGCCCCAAAAUGGGGGGAGCGGAUCCCGGCCGCACGGCAGCGCUACGCGCGACGAUUUCUGCGAUAUUUGAGCAGAAGCCGUCGCGGGAGCAAGAACUUGAUCGUGGUGUCUCACGGCAUCAUGGUGCAGACUUGCAUGAAGGUGCUUCCCAGCACAUCUGUUUGGGAUGUGGGCUCAAUUCCUUACUGCAGCGGCCUCAUGGCCCAUUUCUGGCAGAAGCAGUCAUUCGCUUCGCCGGAUUCCUUCACACCCAAGACGUUUCAGGACCAGUUCAGCUUCAUGAUUACCGAGGCGGACAUGAUGGCUCCAACCCCUGCCGCCGAUGCAGAGGCGCCUGCGCUUGAACAUACACCGCCCUCGACUGACUUGUCCGCUGAGCUUUGGCACAAGGAGGAGCCUGAAGAAGAGUCUCAGCUCCGCCAUGCGCGGCUUCAAUGGUGGGAGGUUCAUGUUGUGGGAGCGGAUGUGCAGUACGAUGUGCCGUCCCCUCGGUCUCGAACACGCUCGAGGAACCGGUAUCAGGACUAUCUCGACUCGAUUCGCUCAGACCAUUUCUCCUGGGACAAUCUGUACAGCUUGCUGGGAGACCUUCCGGACGAGGUCCCUCUGGAUGCGUUUCAGGGCGUGGCAGUAAGAAACGACAGCCUGGACCUUUCUAGUGAUUCGGGCACGCGCAGCUCUAUGGAGAUUUUUCGCCGGCCAAGAAUCACAUCUUUGCAGACGGAGAGCGUGGGUACACUCGAUGACACUGGCACGGAACCUAUCAGCCCGGUGACGCCCGCUCCCGCUAUGCCGGUCUUGAACUUGAAAGGCAGCAGCCUCAUGGGCCGAAGGGGCAGGGUACUGACGCUGAACACCGGGGCGCCAUAG